AUGGCCGUUCCGAGGCCGAGAUUGUCGGUGACUCUGACUGAAGGAGGACCGUCGUCCGAUGCCGCCGGAGUCCACCAAUGUGACGAGGAAGCCAAUCGGCGAGAAGCCAACCACCGAGAAACUCCCUCCUUAGCGCUGCCCGUUGCCGCGUAUCAUCACCAUAGUGCUGCCAGUCUGAAACUCCGACCAGCUCCGCACUUUCUAAAUUCAGAUCGAACCUACCCAGCUCCGCCAUCCGCCCAACCAUCGCCGUUCAAAAUUUCAACCGCCUUCUCCCAGCCGCACCUCCGCCCAUCUUCGUCCAUUCGAAGAAUCAGCCGCACCUUCGCCGUUCAAAGGUUCAGCAACACCAGUCCGCCGCCAGUCCGCCACCAGUCCGCCCUUGAAGUCGUGCUGCUUCACCACAGGAAGCUGGAUCCAUCUCUGAAAUCUUGGUAUCCGACUCAAACCUAA